AUGGAUCAACAAAACCUUAUUGCAUUACCGCGCAUAGAUAAAGAAACAGACGGAGCCACCGGUGAUCUUUUCCGCAAGACGCUCAACUCUUCGUCAACCAUAUCCCGAAGCAUCGUCAUUCUGCCAAAUCCUUCUACACUCAAGCCUCCAGCCACAAGUGCAACAAAGCCUUGGCUCCCGCUCUCCACCUGCUCGGUAUUUUACACCUUAGACAAAGGACUUUGCGGCUUUAGCAACUUAUGCCACGGCGGCAUCCAGGCAACUCUAAUCGACGAUUGCGCAGGGGCUCUCGGAGUCCUUAAUUCUCGCAUACAGGCAGGUUUGAUACCAGCUGAUCCACCGGGCCGAUGGUCACCAAAGAUAAACCCUGGGAUGGUAGAUCUCACAAAGUGUAUGCUGGCGACCAAGGAAAUGACAGUGCAGUAUCUGCGCCCUCUAAGAGUUCCUGCCAACGUGCAGGUAAUAGUGACCAUAGGGGAAAUCUCAGAUAAUGGGAGCUAUUUUGUUUCAACUUCUAUCAAGGGCAAGGAUGGUAAGGAAUAUACUAGAGCAAGGGCGGAAUGGAUGGUACUAGGUCUUAAAAGUAAGCUCUAA